UAUUUUUAAACUUUUUUUUUCGCAGGGACCCCAAUUCUUCUGGAUUGCCUUUUAUUUUUUUCAAAAUUUUUGAUAUUUGAAAAAUAUUUUUCAGUCUAAUGCCGUAAUGCCAAAACGUCGAAAUACCAAACAGCCAAAAUGCCAAAUCUCCAAAAGCCGUCGAAAUACCAAACUGGGAAUGUCAAUCUUUUUGUUCUUUGCAGGCUUAAUGUUGGAGCAGAUUGUUAUAUUAUUAUUCUAACGAAAUAUUUAUCUGUAAUACUUUAGAUUCUGGUUAUUAAAUGACAUCACGAAUUCAUUCCAAAUUAUGUCAAUUGAUGAAAAGACGAAAAAUUGUUGAAAAAGAGAAAGAAGUUAAUAUUGCGCCAAUAGAUCAAAGAAAGGAUGAAGAAGAAGGAUUAAAUGUUGUUGAACUAGAUGUGGGUUGUACCCAAAAAGGAGGAUUGUCGUUGUGGUAUAAUUCGUAUCGCUAUAUAUUUACAUCCAAAAAUUGCAAAUCCUGGCGCUGCUCCGAUCGGCCUUGUUCAGCAAAAGUUAGUGUGCUUUCUAUUGAGGGGGAUCAUGCUCGAGGUAUUAUUAUGGGUGAGCAUGAUCAUGUUGGAGAUCCGGUCGGGCUUGAGGUCGAGAAGAGACGUAAGGUUUUCAAUGAACGAAUACGAGCAAAUCCAACAGUGAAGACUAGGAAUUUAGCCGAAGAGCUACGCAAAGGGACAUCUGAAGAUACGGAAUUGUUAGUUAGAUUUGGCACGGAUAACGCUGUUCAACAACGAGCAGCAAGAUUGCGCAAAAAGGCAAUUGGAUGUGUUACUAAAAGACCAUUGAAAAUAGGAACAGCUACAAGUCUAAAGGAAAAGAAUAGUGAAUGUGAAAAGGAUGAUUCAAGUCUUUUCGAUUUUGCGCAGUCUUUGUAUAAAACGUGGGAAGAAAUGGGACUUGUACAACUAUGGAACAAUGGAGAAAUUGAAGGGAAAUCGGCAAGGGAAUGUUUUCGUUGUCUACUUGCUUUAACUUUAAUCCCAAUUCAACAUGUGCGGCGGUCUUUUUGUUUACUAAUGGAGGAAUCUCCACUUGGAUUAGAGGACUAUUUUGCAUAUUUUUGUAGCGCCUACAUUGGAAUGACAGAAUUUGAGAAUCAGUUGGGUUCUAGCGCUUUCAGACCAGGAAUUGAAAUGGAACGCGCCUCUCAUAUUGGCUUUGCUCGUUUUGGCUCAUUUGCUUCAACUUCGCUGUCUACAAAUUUUGAACCUGCCAGUGGAAUAUUUGGUCAAACCGAAGCAAACAGCAGUGGUUGUAAGCGACGUUUAUCUUCUAUAAUAACUCCUCGUUGGGAUUUACCAAUUGAUUAUCCUGCACAAUUUGCUGUCGAUUUUUGGAAUGUUCAUGUACAAGCAAUGAAUGAUGUCUUUCGCACCAACAACGCUUUAGAUCGUCUUCGCCAUCCUGGAUUGCCUGAGUACAUUUUUGACUUUAACGAGACCCAUACAAAUUCGAAUCGAAAACCAAACUCAAGGAAUAUCAUUAAUUAUGCAAAUAUUCGUAUCAUUCUUAAUGGAGCGUCAUAUGAAACAGACGAGGAAAUAUUGGAUAUUGUUCAUCUGCUCGGAUCACAAAUGGAACAAUUGACUAGAAAAUUGGGUCACAAUAAAAGAAAUACAGACGGGGAAGACGAUGAAUAUUUUGAAAUUGCUCUGGAAAACGAAAAUUUGUCGGAAAAUUCAAUAGUUGAUCUAAAACCUAGUAUUUAA